CUACAACAAAACGUCAAGGUGGCGCCCCAACAAUGCCACUGGUAUCAGUGCAAAUCAAAGAUAACGAACACUUGGUCAAUUUGAAGCUGCAGCAAACGCCAAAAUUAAUUGACGAUUCGUUUGUGUUCAUACGACGCUAUGCCAAUUCAUCGCAACUGAUUGAAAAUUCCCAUAAAUUAGUGACUAGAUUGGAGAAAUGUUUCUAUCACAAUGAAAACUCAGCACUUGACCUUUGCGAUGAGGAAAAUGUGCGUGGAGUUUUCCAUCACAACAAUACGGAUUUUAUUAUACAUCCAUUACCCCAAAGAUUUGGUAAUAAUUCGCAUAUUAUUUUGGAAACGGAAAGAGAAGUUUUCGAUACAUCUUGGAGAAAUUCCACAAUAUUAGAUGAGAAUAUACAAUUUGAACCGGAGGAAGAGGAGUUUAAUGAUUUGAAUUUAGAACUGCCCACUAAUGAAGACUAUGAAGCCACCAUGAGAACAACAAGAAAUAUCGAAGGCGACGAUAAGCAACACAGUAUACAUCACACAGCUCAACAUCAUCACCAUCAGUUACCCUUGAAUUUACGUUUCAAACCCAGACAUCAUCAUCAUCAACAGCAUCACCACAAUCACCAUCAUCAACAAUAUCAUCACAAUGCAAAAACAUCAUCAGUCGGUGGCCAUCACAAGUAUCACGAUCACAAAUAUCGAGAAGAAUCUCAGCAUUCUAAGCGUAACAAACGUUACAUAAACUCCGCCAGCCAAUAUUCAAAUGUACCCGAUAUUUUACACAUCGAAACGGCCAUUUUUGUCGAUAUCGAUUUGUAUAAACACAUGGCGAAAAACUUUCCCAAAGAUACCAGCUCACAUUUGAUACGUUUCGUAUUGGCCAUGAUCAAUGGCGUACAAUUACUAUACAAUCAUCCUUCGCUGGGUAAACGGGUGAAUUUCGUUUUAAAACGUUUGGAAAUUUUAGAAAAAGAUCCACCCGAAUUGAGAAGAUCUAGUGAUAUUGAUAUAUAUUUGAGUAAUUUUUGUAAAUGGCAAAAUGAUUUGAAUCCAUCGGAGCAUACGGGUCUGCGUUUUGAUCAUGCGGUGAUAUUGACAGGUCUUGAUUUGUAUGUGGUGGGUAAAAAUGGUAAAGUGAUCAGUCAAGUUGUUGGUCUCGCACCAGUGGCUGGCAUGUGUAUACCAACAUCAUCGUGCACCAUCAAUGAGGGCAAACACUUUGAAAGUGUUUUUGUUGUGGCCCAUGAAAUUGGACAUAAUUUAGGCAUGCGUCAUGAUACAAUGGAACAGAGUUGUGAUCCCACCUCACAUAUAAUGUCGCCCACACUGGGCAGUGGUAAAAUAACAUGGUCACAGUGCUCCAGGGUGUCGUUGAAUAAAUUUUUGGAACUAAAACAGGCCAAAUGUUUGUUUAAUGUUGGUCAGUUUAAACAAAAUCUAGAUCAUUCGGCUGAUGGCAUUUUGCCGGGUGAACGUUUCGAUGCCAAUCAUCAGUGUAUGCUGAAAUAUGGCAAGGAUUCGAAUAGAGCCAGAACCCAAUCACUGGCGGAUAUUUGUCGUGAUUUGCAUUGUCAAAGAGAUCGUUAUACUUGGACUUCUCAUCCGGCCUUAGAGGGCACCUCCUGUGGGGAUAAUAAUUGGUGUCGCAGUGGCUUCUGUGUGGCCAAACGCUCUGAGUCGUACCCAUCAUCCAAGCAAACUGCGGGUGUAGCAAAAGCAAAUUUUGAUAAGACUAGCUUUUUGGAAACUUCUAAAGUGGGCCAUUUACUGCAUGAGUAUCAAAAGCCCUCUAGCAGUUGGAGCGAAUGGAGUGAACCCAGCGCCUGUGACUCUGGCUGUCUUUAUGGUCCUUCGAAACGUUUGCGUGAAGGUAGUACCGGCCUUAAAAUACACACACGCAAAUGUAUCGACUACAAACGACGUUGCAUUGGCAGAGAUCGAAAAUACGAGACUUGUGUGGCCAAGCAGUGCUAUAGCGUGCCGAUCAUAACAAUUGAGAACUUUGCUCAGCAGGCUUGCGAAAGAGCCCAAAAGUUUGAUACCGAUUUAACGGGAGAGGGCGAACAGAUUGUGGGCAAUAUAGAGGAGUCAUGUAAGGUUUAUUGUAAAACCAAAACAAAUGGUACCAAAUCUAGAUCGUGGAAAUUUCCGGAUGGCACUACAUGUCGUUCGAAACUGUAUGGUAACGAUGAUCCGUCGUACUGCAUACAGGGUAGAUGUGAAAAAUUCUCAUGUGAUAAUUCCACAGCAAAUUAUUAUAAGAUUGAUGCGAUAUUUUGUAAGCGCCAGGAUAAAUACGAACAAAAUUCUAUGGAGAAUGAUACAAUAAGAAGAUCAUCAAAUCAGUAUAGCAAUCAUAUACCGGUGACGGCUUCCUAUACGGGUUAUGUAGAUCGUAAUGAUAAUUUUAAAUAUCGCAAUAAUGUUAAUAACAAUUAUUAUGACAAUGAAAGAGGUGUUAAUAAUAAUGAUCGUAUUUAUGGACCCACUACUGUAAGAAGCAAAUAUGAAAAUGAGGUGGCUUUGCGUCCUUUUCAUGGCCAGUAUUCUAAUGACAAUACUUACAAACGUAAGACGGAAACCUAUUCACCUUGGAACAAAUACAGUUAUCAUUUGAAUGAUCAUGUGCCGGCCGAAUCUUCACAGCCCAAAACUUCUUCAAUACGCAGUGAUAAUGGUGAUUGGAUAGUGAAAUCUGGUUGCCAUUCCAGCUGUAUGGCAAAAUCGCGGGGUAUACAGGUGGUGGUUAAUCGUGAAACGGGUAUUAAAAAUAUUCAGUUGUGUACGCAUUCGGUAAAGCCUUGCGAACGCCUACAAACAACCACCGAAUAUGCAGAUCACACCUGUUCUCGCUACAAACUAAAAGUACGUGGCCUCUCCGGCCAUGGCACACAAAUAGCUGCUAGCGUUGAAGAUCCCGAUCGUAGUUGUCGUGUGGGUUGUCAAGAUGAAUUUAUACAUCAUCGUUUCUAUUUGGUGAAUGGUAACUAUGGGCAUUUCCCUCUAGGCACCAAAUGUUCCAACACCGAUGAUCGCUAUUGUGUACAAGGCAAAUGUUUGGAAUUUGGAGCCGAUCAAAUUCCCCUCAAGCAGUCGCACAUAAGUUUAGCACUCUUUCGAUCAAGGCGAUCGUUAAAGAAACACAAAACUAAGCAGCUCUCAAGAAACAAGAGAAGUUUUCUGUUUUAUGAGCCUGUAAAUAUAACGGAAACUCUUACACAAGAAUUUAUCAACAAUAUUGUUAACAGUAUUAUAACAUUCGAAGAGAAACAAUUUAAGGAUGAUUCUCUUUUAAAUGAUCACAUCGAAUUUACAAAUCCUAUACAUUAUUCUAUGGAUGAACUGAAUGAAAAUUAAUUUUAUGUAAUAUGUAAUUUAUCG